CGCUCGCCCGCGAUGCUCCUCACUUUCUGCUCCAGCUACCGCCGCCGCCGCCUGGAUCGCCACCGCAGCCGCCUCCUCUUCCUCCUCCUCCUCUGCCUCGAAGCGGCGUUUUCUGCAGUGGAGAGAAGUGCUAUGUCAGGAAAGUUCCGGGAGGGACUGGAGGGGGCCAUGCGCCCUGGGCUCUGCCGCAGGCGCCCGCGCACAGCCCUUUGUAUGAGGGGUGAAAUGGACCUCGCUUGCCCAAGUCCGGAGGCUCCCCGGGAGCCCCAGCAGUUCUGAGAGCUUGCCUCUUCCAUGUGGGGAAAAGGUCUCUGUUGGAAGAUGGAACUCUUUGUCCGUUUUCCAGAAUGUUUCCAAGCCCAUCAAUGAAACAUGAUACUGCUGCUCUGUGUUGAAAUGCUUGAAGAACACCCACAUCUCUGCCAGCGCCUUUCAUCCUGCUGAAACCAUGGUCUUCUCCGCAGUGUUGACUGCGUCUCGUGCUGGGGCAACCAACACAACCUUCGUAGUCUUUGAGAGCACUUACAUGAACAUUACAGUCCCUCCGCCAUUCCAACCUCACGGCGUUGGUCCGCUGCUCAGAUACAGUAUGGAAACCAUGGCUCCCACUGGGAUCAGUUCCUUGACAGUGAAUAGCACAGCUUUACCCCCAACACCAGCAGUUUUUCAGAGCCUAAACUUGCCUCUCCAGAUCAUCCUUUCUGCUAUAAUGAUAUUUAUUCUGUUUGUGUCUUUUCUUGGGAACUUGGUUGUCUGCCUGAUGGUUUACCAGAAAGCUGCCAUGCGCUCCGCGAUUAACAUCCUCCUUGCCAGCUUGGCAUUUGCAGACAUGUUGCUUGCAGUGCUGAACAUGCCCUUUGCCUUGAUAACUAUUCUUACUACAAGAUGGGUUUUUGGGAAAUUCUUCUGUAGGGUAUCUGCUAUGUUUUUCUGGUUGUUUGUGAUAGAAGGAGUAGCCAUCUUGCUCAUCAUUAGCAUUGAUAGGUUCCUUAUUAUAGUCCAGAGGCAGGAUAAGCUAAAUCCAUAUAGGGCGAAGAUUCUAAUUGCAGUUUCCUGGACAGCUUCAUUUUGUAUAGCUUUUCCUUUGGCUGUAGGAAACCCUGACCUGCAGAUCCCUUCCCGAGCCCCCCAGUGUGUGUUUGGGUAUACAACCAAUCCAGGUUACCAAGCUUAUGUGAUUUUGAUUUCUCUAGUUUCUUUCUUCAUACCCUUUCUGGUGAUACUGUAUUCCUUUAUGGGCAUACUCAACACCCUUCGGCACAAUGCCUUGAGGAUCCAUAGCUACCCUGAGGGGAUAUGCCUCAGCCAGGCCAGCAAACUGGGUCUCAUGAGUCUCCAGAGACCCUUCCAGAUGAGCAUUGACAUGGGCUUUAAAACACGUGCCUUCACCACCAUUUUGAUUCUCUUCGCCGUCUUCAUCGUCUGCUGGGCCCCGUUCACCACUUACAGCCUUGUGGCAACAUUCAGCGAACACUUUUACUAUAAGCACAACUUUUUUGAGAUUAGCACCUGGCUGCUCUGGCUCUGCUACCUCAAGUCUGCAUUGAACCCACUGAUUUACUACUGGAGGAUUAAGAAGUUCCAUGACGCCUGCCUGGACAUGAUGCCUAAGUCCUUUAAGUUUUUGCCGCGUCUUCCCGGCCACACAAGGAGACGGGUCCGUCCCAGUGCUGUCUAUGUGUGUGGGGAACACCGGACAGUGGUGUGAAUAUUGGAACUGCCUGGGCAUUUUGGGUGACAGUUGUUCUUUAUCUGACUUUGAAUUUUCUCUCACAUGGGUUCUCCAAGUAUAUUCAUUGUUUUUUUAUAGGAUUCCUGUGUAUGUGUGUGUGUGCAGGGUAAAGAAAGAAUGGUGAUUAGUUAUAAUUAUGUUAUCAAGGAUACACAAUAGGAAAAUGAUCACAAAUGUUACCUCCAGGGUUCAAGAGAAAUCCUUGAUUUAGUGUAGGGAGAUGGUGUUUUGUUUCUUGAUUGAUUUUGUUUUGAAGCAGGAAUCAGGAUUGUGCUUUAUUGAGCCUGCAGUUACAUUGAAUUGUAGGUGUUUUGUAUGCUGCUACGGUAUGCUUAAUUGAGUUUAUCAGUUUCUUUUCUGGAAGACAUUGCUGCUUUUUGCUAUCACAUUGGAGCCAAAACCACCUAUAUCUCAGUAGAUAUUUACUUUUAUAAAAAAAAAUAACCCGAGGCAGUUAGUGACAUUUUAAAGGUCAUUAAUACUUACUUAGGUGCACUUUAAGAAAUAAUGUACAAACUGAUUCAGUCAUGUUUUUCAGAAUUGUUUUUAUACAUGACAUGUUGUGCUUUUGGGAACAUUGCAUUAUCAUUUCUAGGAAGAUAGUUUUUAAAAAAUGUUUUAUCUGCAUGUCCAGUUUUAAAGGAGAGAACAUAAAAAUGUAGACAUUUUUCUAAGCACAAUAGUGAUUCUUUGGAGCAAAUAGGGCAAAGUCGAGGAGACAGAGCAUCCCUGCAGAUUUAAAUGGGAUUGAGUUGAGUGGCAAGGUAACUUAGGCUGGUGUUUCCUUUACUCAAGAAUUCUCACUGAAUCUAGUGGGGAGAAGGACUUCCCAUUUAUUGGACGCUUACCAUCUUCCAGGCACUGUGCAUCAUUUGAUCCUCACAGCAUCCUGUGAGGUAGGUAGUAUUUCUUUUUUGGUGAAGAAAGCAAGUCUCAGACUAAAAUCCUGCCCAAGGUUAAUGGUAGAGCUGGACUCCAAAAAAUCGGCCCGAACCCUGAGACUGCCGUUCUACUGUGCCACGUAGACAUGUCAUUCAGGUUUAGCAUUUCCUAGUCAAGAAGGAACUCUGGGUAUCCUGUAAUUUUUUAAAAACCUUCUUUUUAAGGGUUUAAAAACUAAACCUUCCUUUUAAAAAUAGCUUUACUUUAUAUUACCAAAACAAUUGUGAAAACAUUGCAGAAAGUGUGGAAAACCGAAAAAAAAAAUCACUUACAACCACCCUUUUACAGUGGAACUUAAAAAUCUUAGAUAAAUAAGGCUAUAAGGAAGUAAGGUGAUUUCAUUUUUUUUUUACUUUUUUUUUUUUUUUUUUUGGUUUGUAAAACUAGUGACUGAAAUUAGGAAGUUAGAUACAGCUGUAUGGAGGUCUUGAUCUUGCACGUUCAGAGGCUUCCAGUUGUCCACCUGCUUCUAAAUGUUCUGGGUACAAGAGCACUGUUGCCCCAGGGCCUUGCCCCUCGCAGAGCUGGUGAAUGUGCUCAGAAGUGUUCCUUCUACAAAGAGGCAAAGAUAAGCCAGCCCUGGUCUGAGCAUAAAGCAGUUUUUAAUAGGGCAAGUCUGGGGUUUCAAACUAUUUUUCUCUUGCUGAUGACCUACCCUCCCAGGUGCAUCCAGAGCCUUUGGCCCCUUUCUCUGUAACCACUGACACACUUCAUAAAGCGUUCGAUGGGGAGACGGGAGUGAGGCUGCGGACUGAGGUCGGGAGGGUUAAAAUGUAGCCUCUUGGCCACAU